CUCGGAGGUCCUUUAGCUUAGCAGUGCCAGGCAGCCUCCCAGAUGAAUCCCCUCCGCCGCCACAUACAAGCGGCUGCCGUGAUGGCGAUGGCGUGUCUGGUGGUCGCUGGCGGCGGCUACGGUGCGCGCGGAGGCCGAAAGAUCGACGGCUCCUCCGGGGGCUUCGGAGUCGGUCUUGGCAGCGGGCACGGAGCGCACGGAGGGCACGGGGCGCACGGGCACGGAGUGCACGGAGGGCAUGGAGCGCACGGAGGGCACGAGGAGCACGGGCACGGAACACACGGAGGCCGCAGCAGCGGAGGCGGCAGCGUGGUCCGCGCCGUGCUCGUCGGCAAAGGAAUUCUCCCCAACAGCGCAAUCAAAAGUGGCCACGGCGGAGGCCAUGGCCAAGCCACCGUCUACAGCGCCUGGUCCAGCACCUGGCCCCUUUGGCCCUGGACCUGCUGGAAGGGACGACUUUGGCUCUGCAGAAGUCACCAGGCUUUGGCCCUGGCCCAGUUGAUAAUGCCAACUUUGGCCCUGUUCAAGCUGGUGGCGGCAGUUUCGGUCCCCUACAAGCUGUUGGCGCCAGCUUUGGCCCUGGCCCAGUUGACACUGGUAGCUUUGCCCCGGUUCAAGCUGGUGGCGCCAGUUUUGGCCCUGGCCCAGUUGACACUGGUAGUUUUGGCCCUAUUCAAGCUGGUGGCGCCAGCUUUGGCCCUGACCCAGUUGACACUGGUAGCUUUGGCCCUGUUCAGGCUGGUGGCGCCAGCUUUGGCCCAGGUCCAGUUGACACUGGUAGCUUUGGCCCUGUUCAAGCUGGUGGCGCCAGCUUUGGCCCUGGCCCAGUUGACACUGGUAGCUUUGGCCCUGUUCAAGCUGUUGGCGCCAGUUUUGGCCCUGGUCCAAUUGAUACUGCUGUCUUUGGCCCUGGCCCGGUUGACAGUGGUAGCUUUGGCCCUGUUCAAGCUGGUGGUGCCAGUUUUGGCCUUGGUCCGGUUGACAGCUUUGGCCCUGUUCAAUCUGGUGGUGCCACUUUUGGUUCAGUUGAGAGUGCCAGCUUUGGCCCUGUUCAAGCUGGUGGAGCAAGCUUUGGCCCUGUUCAAGCUGGUGGUGCAAGCUUUGGCCCUGGCCCAGUCGGAAGCUCCAACUUCGGCUCUGGCCGAGCUGAUACUGCUGGCUUUGGCCCGGGCUCAGCUGCCGUUGCUGGCUCCUCCGUUGCAAGCAACAACGUCGGUCUAGUUUCUUCCAGGACCGGAUCUGCUCAACCCAAAAGAGGCUACGGUUAUUAGUUGAGAAUCUUUAAUCCGACUGUAAGAUCACCAAUAAAUGAACCAGAUAA